UGAGGACAGUGACACAGAUGGGAGCAUUGAGACAUCGACUUCUUCUGAAAGUUGCCAUGUGGCUAGCAAUGAUUGUUCCAAGCACUCGUAGAUGCGGACAUGAUUAUCGGAAGAGCCAGUUACCUUGCAGAAGCUCUCGUAAAUCUCUGAAUGGAAUGAACGCCGGACGUACCAACUUCAACCCAGGGGCAAAUUCGACUGCGCGGACAGUGCCUCUUGCAUCAACCAAUACGGCCCUUUCCACCCAUCUUGAGGAACCACAUGAAACAGCCUGAGACCCGGCACCAGCACCAUUCGUUUAGGAAUCAGUUGUUGAUGCAGCUC